UUACAAUCUGCUGCCUUUUAGUCCUUUCCUGCGUCAAAGCUCUCAGCUAGAAUGUGCUUUGCCCAUUCAAAUGCUUUCUUUAAGACAGGGUCUUGCUCUGCAACCCUGACUGGUGUGGAGCUUGUUAUAUGUGAUACGUAGACCAGACUUUAGCGUGCAGCCUCUUACCCUGUCUCCUGAGUGCUGGGAUUACAGGUAGAGCUACUAUUGCCUGGCCCCAAUGCUUUCUUUAUCACUUGGGAUCAUCCCAAAACUCAAGAAGUUACCUUGUUUAUUGUUUGUAUUAGGGAAGAUUUAUAUUGUUUUCUUGACAUAUGAUCUCAGGUUUACACAGAUGGGCUGUAAAAAUUGCUUUGGGUUUUAAUAACCUUUUGUUUUGUUUUUGUUUUUUAGAUAUAGGUUUUUUCUCUAUUCAGUUCAGGUUGUCCUGGAACUCAGAGAGAUCUGCCUGCCUCUGCCUGCCAAAUAAAUGCUGGGCUUAAAGGCGUGCACCGCUGCCUUUUAAGAGAGUAGUUAGAAGGAAGCUAAUACAAAGCCCCUUCGUAUAGCCAGCUCUGUACUGAGAAAUUGCUUGUAUUCAAGUAUUACAACUCUAGUUCAAUUAUAUCCAUGUUCACACAUGAGAGAGGCUGUCCCUCAACAGUAGGAAACUUUAUAGACUCCAUAUGUCCUACAAAGUCUUCCUACAUAUAUUGUUGCCUAUAUGAAGGGAAAAGUAGUGAUAAGGGGACUUUUCUGUGGAGAUGGCUCCAGGGGUAAAAGUGCUUUGCCAUGUAGUUCUGAGGUCCUGAAUUCAAAUCCGUAGAACUCAUCUAACAGGAAGUGGAAGAGUCUGCAGUAGCAGCAUUCUACAGGAACAUGGAUGGGAGGGAAAGACAAAGGAAUCUCCAGACACAGGCCAGCUGGUGUGCACAGUGGGAAAACAAAGGGGGCCACCCUGUCUCAAGAAAGGUCCAAAGUAAAGUUGACAGCUGUGGUCUUCCUCUGGCUUCCACACAUGUGCUGUAGCAGGCACAUACCCACCUAACUCACACAUACAUCAUACACAGAAGACAGUCAGUGAUAGAAGUGUUGUGCUUAGGCAUCCUGAGUUUGGUAUGUAAAUGAGAGGCCUGUGAAAUCAAAUCUAACAUGUGCUUCACCAGAACAAUAGGACUCUAUAGCUACUAGCAUGAAUUAUUUGUUGAAGGGACACUGGCCUACUCGAGCAUGUAGCUCUGGCAGGCUUUGCCCUUCUCCCCAGUUCCCUCUACCUUGCUAAAAACCAUUAGAUUAAAUCCCUAAAGUUAGCCACCAGCAUUUGUUCCUUAUUUGGCUAUUUGGCUACUUCAUCCUCCUGAGGCUAUCCAAGUGUUAAAAGUCCAGCAAUCAAAAACCCCCUUUGGUUUACCCAACUAACAUGCCCAAUCAGUAUACACCAUGACAUCCUCACGCAGACCUCCCGUUUUUCUCAAGGUUAUUUGCUACUGUUUGCUGCCUGAGACCGAAAGCAGCCACUUUAACUUUUCUUCCCACUUAAUAAAGGAUCUUUCUGGAAAAUAGAUGUUUGGGUGUGGUUUGUGUCUAAUCCUGGGUCUGAGAGGGAGCCUCUGCUACGUAUGGGAGGUCUCCUUCACAUGAUCAUUUGUUUUUCACAAGCUGGAUAGAUAAUGUAGGUUUCAAACUUAGAGUAAGGCUAAAGUACUGGCAGGUUCCAAGGUCUGCUCAUGCUCUGACUUGUCUUAUCUGGGUUCUAGAAACAUCUACUAGCAAAUGCACUUUCUGAGAUUGAGGCUCUCCAGUGUGGCUGCUGGUUUUCCUUCACUUGGCAUGAGGGGUCUUUGAGAAUAGAUGGAGAGGGACUGCCUUUAGUUGUCUUUGAUUUUUAGAUAUGAGGAGUGGGAAAAGCUGAGAAACCACUGAAAUGUUUAAAAUGAGAGGUUGAGUCAAUCUUAUGCCCACCAAAAGUGUCAGGUGACCGGAGCAGGGAAGUAGAAUUAAUUCUGUGCUGGCUAAUAUAUAUGGUCCUGCCUGGAAUACAAAAGGUAUUUUGUUUUUUCAAGACAUGGUUUCUCUGUAACAACUCUGGCUGCCCUGGAACUGGCCCUGUAGACCAAGCUGACCUCAAAUUCACAGAGAUAAGCCGGUGUGUGCCACCACUGCCUGACUGAUAAAAAGUGUCCUUAAAAACUUGCUUUGUGCGUUUUGUUUGACAGGCUUGCUUUCUCCUGCGUCAAGGACUGAGGGAUUCAUCCCAGGUGAUGCCAUUUGGGCCUGUAUAGUUCUGUUUCGAGAAUCCUAAAAAAACCACACAUUACUUUAACCUUUGGGUUGAGUAUGUUAAAUUUUCUCAACGCAAAUACAUGACCAUUCGCAUUACAUUUACUUAUGUGAUUUGUGUGUGUGGAGGUCAGAAGACAACUUGAUGUUUUCUGUACUGGGGGUCAUCAGGUAUGACUGAGUAUCCUUGCCAGACCGAGUAACCGCUUUCUAUUGGGAAACUGCUAAAUGUUUUCAUGUGUCAUUGAGUGAGCUUCUGUGUAAGAAUCCUGGAGGCAGAUUUGGGGGCAGGAAGGAGUGCUGGCGUGAGAAUCGGGGAGGGCUUGCUUCCGCUCCAGGAGACUAGGCGCUCCACGCACGCAGAGAGCCGUAUUUUCGCGUCCGAGAUCAAGUCCGCUUUGCGGCUGCCGUAAAGCGCGCUGGCCCCGCCCCUGGUGCGCCGCCUGUGACGCAACGACCAAGGCUUUUUGGGCGGGAAAAAAGCGGUGGGUGGGUAGAGGCCGCGGGGUGCGGAGCGGCCGUGGACGGAGUUCCUCGGCGUUGGCGGAGCCGUGCUUUCCGGGUCAUGGGGCUGCUGGAGCUCUGUGAGCAGGUGUUCGGCACCGCCGACCUCUACCGGGUGCUGGGCGUGCGGCGUGAGGCUUCCGACGGCGAGGUCCGACGAGGCUACCACAAGGUGUCCCUGCAGGUGCACCCCGACCGCGUAGACGAGGAUCAGAAAGAGGACGCCACCCGCCGCUUCCAGAUCUUGGGAAGAGUCUAUGCGAUUCUGAGUGACAAGGAGCAGAGAGCAGUGUACGAUGAACAGGGGACAGUGGACGAGGACUCUGGUAGCCUCAACCAGGACCGGGACUGGGAUGCGUAUUGGAGGUUACUCUUUAAAAAGAUAUCGCUAGAAGACAUUCAAGCAUUUGAAGAGACGUACAAGGGUUCUGAAGAAGAGCUAGCCGAUAUUAAACAGGCCUAUCUGGACUUCAAGGGCGACAUGGAUCAGAUCAUGGAGUCUGUGCUUUGUGUGCAGUACACAGACGAACCCAGGCUAAGGAACAUCAUUCAACAAGCUAUUGAUGCCAAGGAGGUCCCAUCGUACAAUGCCUUCGUCAAAGAGUCUAAACAAAAAAUGAGUGCAAGGAAAAGGAGGGCUCAGGAAGAGGCUAAAGAGGCAGAGUUGACCAAAAAGGAGCUGGGGCUGCAGGAAGGAGUGGACAACCUGAAAGCACUCAUCCAGAGCAGACAAAAGGAUCGGCAAAAGGAAAUGGACAAUUUUCUGGCUCAGAUGGAAGCAAAGUACUGCAAACCUUCCAAAGGGAAAAGGACGGCUCCCAAGAAGGAAAAGAAAUAAUAGAAUUUUUCUCUUCAUAUGUCAAUGGUGCCUUGGUAGACAAGGUGAAGGCAGGUGUUAGCCUAACCUUUGAGAGAAGUUUUUUUCUGCUUAAAAUACCUGGAUCGCCUAAGCCAGGCAGGAGUCACCCCUAGAGUUUGCUUUGUGAGGGGUUCACAUGAAGGGUGUAGCGGUGAUGGUGGGAAGUGUGGAUUCGAUGUCUGCCUCCAUGGGUUUUCUGCCUAGGGAGCUGAUUUGCAUGCACUUAAGAAAUAUUCUCCCUGCAGGGAGAACUGCAGAUGGAAUGUAAAGUGAAAUUUUAAAAAAUGUAAAAAAAGAAAUACUCUACCCACAGAGAAUACCCGAACAGCUGUUUCAAUAAUCCUAGAUGCUCUUCCUGUUCUACUGUUACGUUUUUGUCUUCUGUCCUUGUGGGAACAGAAGUGGGUGUUCAUAUUACUGCAGAUUUUUUUUGUAAGAUUGUAUGUGGCUAAAUAAAGAAAAACUUAAAAGGUC